GCAUCCCCCUCGGCCGCCGUCCGCCGCCUCCCGCGCUGCGGCCGCCCCUGGGCUCCGCGCAGGCGGCCGCGGGGAGCCCCCGCCGCGCUGCGGGGGGGGAGAAGCGGGCGCGGGGCGAGAGCGGCCGGCGGCAGCUCCAGCGCGGGGCGGCGGUGGUCUGAGGGGCCUCGGCGCGGUGCCCGUGUCCCCCCGCCCCACCGAGGGCCCUAAGGGGCAGCGGGGCGGUUUGGGGCGGCCAGGGCGCUGUGGCGGCUGCCUGCGGGCGCCGGGCCGGGAGGAGGCCGGCCCUGCGCUAGGCCCGGGCAGGCAGCGGAGGAGACCCUCCUAGCGAUAAGCCGCCUGUUGGGCGGUAGGUCGGAUGUGGGGGCGAAUAGGUGUUUAGCCCUAAUAAGGGAUUAAAAGAUGCUUCAUGAAGCUGCGCGUUGGCUCGUUGAACGAGGGGGCCGCUCCCGGGCUCGCCCUGCUAUCUGCCCGGCUGGUGUGAGGGGUUAGGCUGGCGAGGCAGAGAGGCUGAGGAAUGGAAGGGACGGGGAGCAGGAGCGACGCUUCCUCCUCCGUCGUCGCAGACUGGAGUUUGGUGUUUUGGACUCUCUGCUCUGUGAUCCUGCCGGUGCUGAUCACCUUGUGGUGCAACUUCCAGCGGUCCCGGCGGCAGUUGUUGAUACGAGAGAUCUUUCGCAAGAGCAAGCAUGACUGGCACUACACAGACCUCUUUGGCCAGCCCUCCUACUGCUGCGUGUGCGCUCAGCACAUCCUUCAGGGUGCCUUCUGCAACUGCUGCGGGCUGCGUGUCAGCGAAGGGUGCCUCAAGAAGGCUGACCAGCUUUUCCUCUGCAAGGAAAUUAUGAGGAGCGAUGGUGGAGCCCACAGGUCUAUGCUGCACCACUGGAUCAGAGGCAAUGUCCCACUUUGCAGCUGCUGUGUGAUAUGCAAACAACAGUGCGGCACACAGCCCAAGCUCUGCGACUACAGAUGUGUGUGGUGUCAGUACACGGUACAUGAUGAAUGCAUGAUGGAUUGUUUAAAGACUGAGGAGUGUACAUUUGGAGAAUUCAGAGACUUAAUUAUUCCACCAUAUUAUUUGUCUACAAUCAACGAGAUGCGUAAAGACAAAAGAACAAAUUAUGAAAAGGUAGUACCUUACUGCAGAAAACACUGGAUGCCAGUAAUCAUACUGGCUAAUACUCGUAGUGGAAACAACAUGGGUGAAACUUUGCUAGGAGAAUUUAAAAUUCUGCUGAACCCGGUUCAGGUUUUUGAUCUAAGCAAAAUUGCACCUGCUAAAGCACUCCAACUCUGUACCUUGCUGCCUUGCAAUGCUGUCAGGGUUCUUGUCUGUGGUGGGGAUGGCACAGUAGGCUGGGUCCUGGAUGCAAUUGAUGAGAUGAAGAUAAAGGGGCAAGAACGUUAUAUUCCUCAAGUUGCAAUUUUACCUCUGGGAACAGGCAAUGACUUGUCUAAUACACUGGGCUGGGGUGCAGGUUAUGCUGGAGAAGUCCCUGUAGAACAAAUCUUACGAAAUGUCAUGGAGGCAGAUGGAAUCAAACUAGACAGGUGGAAGGUUCAAGUAACAAACAAAGGAUACUAUAACUUAAGAAAACCAAAGGUAUUCACAAUGAACAACUACUUUUCUAUAGGACCUGAUGCUCUCAUGGCUUUAAAUUUUCAUGCUCAUCGUGAGAAGACUCCCUCUCUGUUUUCCAGCAGAAUUAUUAACAAGGCUGUUUAUUUUUUUUAUGGAACCAAAGACUGCUUAGUACAAGAAUGUAAAGAUCUUAACAAAAAGGUUGAGCUAGAGUUGGAUGGUGAGAGAAUUGAGUUACCCAAUUUGGAAGGCAUCAUUGUCCUGAAUAUUGGAUAUUGGGGAGGUGGCUGUAGACUCUGGGAAGGAAUGGGUGAUGAACCUUACCCCUUGGCCAGACAUGAUGAUGGACUUCUGGAAGUUGUUGGCGUUCAUGGUUCCUUCCACUGUGCCCAGAUUCAGGUGAAACUAGCAAAUCCUGUUCGCCUAGGGCAGGCACAUACAGUGAGGCUGAUCUUGAAGAGUUCAAAGAUGCCAAUGCAAGUGGAUGGAGAGCCGUGGGCUCAGGGGCCCUGCACUGUUACCAUAACUCAUAAGACACAUGCGCUGAUGUUGUAUCACUCGGGUGAACAAACAGAUGAUGACGCUUCCAGCGUGUCCGAGCAAGACCACCUGAGAGAGCAGACGGAUGAAGAUGUAUAGAUUUUGUGGAAUUUAACAUAAUAUAGUGAUGAACUUCAACUCAUUAAAACCACUGAGAAUGCCUAAUCUAGAUUAAGGUUUAUGCCGAAAGGUUCAUACUUGUGAAUGAACUAGAGCAGAGGAAAAAGCCAUGCUUUUACAUUCAUGAAAACUUUCACAGCUGAAUUACCACAACUGUUUUGCCUUUUAGAUUAGUGGUGAUGCCCAGCCAUUCUAGCUGGACUCAGUUAAUGUUAGGAAAGAGAGAUACUGCAACCCUUCCUUGCUGUGGAAUCACAUACUCUGCACACACAUAGUAUAGUAUGCAAAAUGUCUGAUACCCUUGGAAGGGGGAACAGCUGGGAGUUUGGCCUGCUUCUGCCUGCCCUCUUCCCUAGAACAGCUCCAGCACAGAAAACCAGACCAAGUAGAAUGUGGGCUGAUUUUCUGACAACAGCCUGCUCCUGGCUUCCAUCUCGAGAGCAAGACAAAUACUUUACUGUGCACUUGCUUGUGCAGUGUAUAUCUAACGGACUUGACUGGGAGAGCAUAGGAUCUGGGAGCUCUUGGGAAGGUGGUUAGCAAGCAAGAUGCUUUUGGACCAAAGGUUUCUGGAAAUGUUCUGUUAGCGAAUGACCUUUUUCAGUGGCUUUGUAAGCCAUAGACAGAGUACUCCUGAGGUCCCGAGUACCCAAGAUACAACGUCAAAGUAAUUGUACCAUGACUUGCACUGAGUGAUCCUGUGACUGACUCUGCUUCAGUUCAGUGAGAGACUAAUGUUAAUUUUUGUAAAUAGCAACAUCAUAGUUCUUGAGGAGGCUUUUUGGAGGAAACCUUGGUCGAAGGAGCUGUCUUUUUUAGCUGUUUGGAGGAUGGUUUUAAAGAAAAAAUGGUAAUUGGUAAAUGUGGGGUUUUUUAAAGGCUUGUUAAAGAUCUUGCUUCGUAAUUGCCUGAAAAUGAUCAAUAGUAGGCCAGUCUGUUCACUGUUUCAGUUUUAAGUGUGGAUGUUAAGUUUGCAGAGGUUAGCAAGUUCUGGCAUUCAUGUGUAUAAUUUGAUUGUGAAAAAAAAGCAUGGAAGCAUUUGUUUUCUGACUGGCCCUUGGGGGGGUCAAAGAUACCUUGUUGGGCCUGAAACUUAAUUUCCUGUAUGAAUAUAAGGCAAGAAAAAUAUUGGUGGUCUACACUGAUAGUAAAAGUUAAGAACACAUACAACAGUACGUGGAAACUGUCAGUUUGGCUUAUCUGAAGCUUCUCAGGUUAAAAGCUUCUCAGGUAAAAACAUCUUAAUUGUAAACAGAAGUAAAAAUUUGCUUCCUUUGUUUUUUUCUGUUGGUAUUUUAAGCCUGCAGCAGGUGAGAGCUAUGAAUUUGUCACCAAGUAAUUCCGUUAAAUCCAGUUGUGAAGAUUAUCUUCCAAGUAGGAAGAGAAUUUAUGCUGAAUGUAUACUGCAUAAGACAAGAUCAUAAGAGAAGUUGAGAGUUUUGGUCAAAGCUUUGAAUGUUGCUGCUUUUGUCAGAACUCCCUGAUCUUUUUUUUUUUUUAUUUAUACUAACUGAAAGUGAUACCAUUGGGUAAAGUAGGCUAUGUUUCUAGGUUUUGUAAAAUCAAACUGUUUUUCAACAAUCUAUAAAAUGAUGUUUGCAUUAAUGGUGAAUGAACUAUUUAUAUUUUAAAAUAAUUUAUUGAAACCUUGGCAAAGUCAGUAUUUUUAAAACCUUCAAUUGUAAUCCUCUUUGGAGAGCAUUUUUAACUUGAUGGUAUUCAUUGUAGAAAGUGUAUGUACUAGAUCUUAAAUACUGCUGAUUAUCAGUGAAUUUAUAGCUGUCUGAAAAUGUGAUUAGAAUGUAAUGAACUGUAAAGCAGAAGCAAUUUGUAAAUUCCGUAUUCCUUAGCCUUAUACACCUCAUCUUAAUUAUUUUAUUGUAUGUAAAUAUAGAGAACAUAUUAAUAGUAAAAUCUAUGUAAAGUGCUUAAAAUACCCAAAAGUAUACUAUGUUAGAUGAAUCUACUACCCUUUUUUUUUUUUAGUUAUGAGGUUCAAUUUGUAUUAGCUUCAAAACUCUUACUAGUUAAAUUAUUAUUUUUUUUAAUAACUUGGAACCACUAGCAUCCUAAAAAUAACUGAGUUCUAUGCUAUGGUUCUUACGUAACUAUUGUUUACAAACAAAUGUCAUGUCUCUGGAAAAACAGGGUAUGUGCUAUGAAAGGCAGUAUUUUCUUAAGAGAAAUCACACCACUGGCUAUUUAAUCUAAACUAUUCAUAAUACAGUUUAAAGAGUUACUUCUUGAUCAGAUGAUUAUUCAAAAUGUGUUAUAGCCUAAGGACUGGUAACUGUUCAGAAAAUUUGCUCUUUGAACUCCUGACAUCUAGAAAAAAAAUAUUCGAUGCCAGAAGUCUCCCUUUUGUACAGUAGGUGAGCUGGCUUCUCCACUUGUGCUUUGCCUGAGUGGGUACCAGUGAUGUUGUACUAUGUUUGUGCAGGCAAGAUCCUCCUGCUUACUAUGGCUUGCUAGGAGUCCAGCCCUAAAUGUGUGAAAUUGUCUUUUGGGAAAUGUAAGUCCAUCAUUCCUUUUGGAGAAACAAAGAAUUAGAAUUGCAAGUAGCAUCUAAUUGGGUGCUUGUUUGAGAAAACCCCUGGUAAACAGUCCUGUUUGUAUUGGACAGAUCAUCCCCUUCUUGCAUGUGGAAGUGAAGAAGUUUUGUAUUUCAUAAACUGUUAGUGAUUGCAGCAAAUUGUAGAUAGCAAACGUAGCCAUUGUAAGCAUGGGGAAACGUCUUGUAAAAUUGUGUUUAUGGCAUGGAGAAUAUUCUGUAAGGUUGAAGUGUCCAAUUCCCUAUAGGGCAUGGGGUCAUCCUUCUAUUGUAACUAUAGCUGUUAUGUGCUUGACAAAAAAAAAGUUCUUUUUAAACUUACAGUGUUACCACUGGAAUCUGUUGGGAAGUCAUGCUGUUGCCCACAUGCUGUCUUUUGAUUUCAAUGUAUCCUCCUUUUCAAAUUGGGUUAAAGCCUAUUUUGAGUUACUUUUAUGGAACUCUUUUUAGUCCAACAGUAAAUGUCAGCAAUGGGCUCCCAGGUUCUAAUGCUAGCUGUAGCUGCUUAAUGUUGUCCCCUGUGUAUUGUGACUACAGAACUGUUACAUGCCUUUUUAAUGUUGUAGGUGCAUAAAGCACUGGUACAGAAGCUAUUUUGUAGCUCUGCGAAAACAGGUUGGAAACCUGAAAAUACUGCAGUAUGCUCUCUAUCCAGAAGAGGGUACACUGCAGCUGCAUCUCAUGUCCUGCACUGAAGAAUUUUCCCCUAUCCUGUUAAUGAUUAACAUUGGAAAAAUAGUGAAAGUGAUGUUUCAAAUAUACAAAUAAUGAAUAGUUUAUUCUGGCAGUCUUCAUACAGUAUACCUUUGUGUAACAUGUACAGGUUGAAUAAUAACAUAAAUUGUCAAGCACUCAAAAGUGAAUUCACAAAAUUUAUUUUUAAGUUUUAUUGCUGCAUACACUAGCUUAACUCAAGUUUGGUCAGAUUCCAGUAACCAUCUUUACUGUAGGUUCUCAGUCCUUUGAUGUGCAAUACAAAAAACUUAAACUUGUAUGGAGAGCCUUUCAGUGACCUUCCUGCCUUGCUCAAACCUCGCUUGUUUACACACACGUUGAGAGGAGCUGUGUGCAUGUUUUCAUGUGCAUAGAACUUCUUAUCAUAGGCUUUGCUUUACUUUGCGUUUUCACUUCAUCAAUUCAUAGCAGAGUUAAACUGUUUCAAAUGCCACCUGCAUUUUGGCUCUUUCUCUGUCUGGACUUUUGAAAAAGGUGUCUGAAGUACAAACUUGGAUUCUUCAUCCUCAGACACAGCUGAGGUGAAUGGCAUUUACUUAUGUAUUUUUUUUCUAAGUAUGUCUGUUGUUCCUGGUGUUUAAAGCAGGUUAGGAUAGUAUUUAGAGCAUACUUUUAACAGCACUUUGGAAUUAAUUGCAGUUAUUAAAGAAGAUAGUCUUGUGUUUUCUUUCUACUGCAAUGGUGACACUCCUUUUUCAAAUUAUUUUGGAAUUAUGUUCAAAUUUGAACACUUUUCUCAACUAGCACUGUUAUGAAUUGCGUUUCAUCUUCAUAAUGUAAAGACUAUAGCAUAAUUUAUGCAUUUGAUACUCAUUUUUACAUGUUCACUUUCAAUGUUGCCCCUUCAUAGGGGUUGUUCUUUUCCAGGUCUUGCUUUUCUUAGGCACUAAGUAACUUGAAACACCAUCUACUUUAGUUAGAAGCUUUAAAUAUUUGCUCUUGAAAAACAGAUUUGAGUUCCUCAUGGUUGCAAGAGAAAAUGCUACCCUGUUUGAACACACUGGGAGAAAAUCAUCUUGUUGAGGCAAUCCUUAUAGCAAGAGUAAGUUUCUUCUGUAUAACUUCAGCUGAUUCGGAUUGAUAAUCUGUUCCCCUGUCUGUUCUGUCUUGCUAGUAUUUACAACUACUCAGUAAGUACUUCUUUCCCCUAGUCAUUUAAUUAUUCAUUUUAUUGUGGCUCACUUUCAGCAAAAGAUGUCAUUUGGGACAGUAUCAACAGCUCUGCUGAAAUCAGGAUAGUGAGCUUCUCUUCUAUCCACUUUGUCCUUCAUGCAUGCUACCUUGUCAGAAAAAGAAAAUUGAAAUGGCUUCCCACAGCUUAUUCUUAGCCCACUAACCCACCUGUUUGGCUUUUUCAGUCACCACCACCACACCUGGAAGAUAUUAGAAAGCACUCUAAAGGUUCCUGGUCCCUCUGACCUAUUUUGAAAGUACAACUUUUGCUUUUUGCUGCUUGGGAAGAAAGCCCCCAUUCUCCCCAGGUUCUGAGAACUGAUAGUUAUAGGCUCUGGUUUCAGUUAUGCCAAUUCCUUCUGAUUCUGCAUUAUGUUGCACUGAAGCUCACAGCUUUUAAGGUUAUGUUACUGUAUCUCACUGCUUUUAAAAACAACCAACCAAACAAAAGACCAACCCAGCUUAAAGCCUGUAGCUGUGAACAGCAUAAUGAUGUCAAUGUUAUAAUAGUUACUCUUUUUUUACUUGGCAACAAAUGCUUUUUGGUAGAGCACCACUGUAACCUAGUUAGUUAAUCUGUGGGUAAGAGCAGGAUACUUACAAAUCUUUGCAUGUGUUCUAAAUUAAAAUCCUUUUUGUUCUGUAUUUCAUACCAACUACUAGCAGUUUUCUUCCUUUUGGAAAAGAAAAAAAAAUUUUACCCUUCAGUUAAGAGUGAACUAGGAUACAUACUAGGAGUAUACUAGUACGUAACUGAUCCUGUUGAAUGUGAACCACUUAUUUUAAAAUGCUCUGACUUUUUUUUCUGAGGAAUGAUAGGUGCUUUUUGAACACGGGAAUGAGAAAACAGAGACCACUUGUUCAUUUAGCAGUUAAGUAUAUUGAGAGAAUUUACACAUUCUUUGUUUCAACUUCAUUUAGGGCACAGUUCUAAAAGCAUGGCAUGAUCAAAAUUUCUUUCUCUCACUAAGGGUGCUGAAUUCCCAGUUCAGGGUUUGGGCAUCUCAGGGAGAGACUUCUAUCUGGAGUAAAGCCACAUGCUUUGACUAAACCUAGUGAUGUUAUAUGGACUCACAUUAGCUGAGGAUCUCGCCCUCAACUGUUGAAAAGUAUGAAUGUAUUCAAAAUUUUACUUUGUGUCUUGUUAAUGCUGCCCUGUUUACUGUGCUGUAUGCCCUUAUUGCUGUAUGUAAUUCAUCUUUUGCAUUGUUUCAUUUGCAAGUUGUUGAUUUCAGCAUAAAAAAUAAUUUUAAGUGUAAGUGGGAACUUACAUUGUGAGUGUAUUGCAUUCUGUAUCUUCAAAGUUUACAUCCCUCAAGCUACUUUGUCUGCUACCAACUGCUGUAAUCCUUAAAGUACCUCCAGCCAUCUUUUCUUUCUAGGAUUUUUAUAGUUAAACAGAAUGGAUUUUUAUUUUUGUAGCAUGUAACUUCAAUAUGUAUAGUAGUUAUUUCUAUUUAAUAAUUAGUGAUCAGAAUACUGUAAAAAUGUUACUUUUAAGAGCUGUAACAUUAAAUUAGUAAUAACUACUUAUAAGAAAAUACCGGUAUGUUAACAGUUUAAAAAAAAAAAAAAAAAGUUAUUCUUUAGCUUGGAAAUACUGUGAUGCUGUGACUUGGGAUUUGUAUUGAAUGUGUUUGCAUAUGUUCUGAAAUUGCACUAAAUAGGGAAAAAAUGAGUUUAAAAUGCAAUAGAUCAAAAAGUAGAAUUUAUAACAUCUUAGGUUUUAUGUCAACCAAGAAAGGUGACAUUUGGGAUUCAGUGUUUUUCUGGUUACCCACAGAACAGUAAGGAAGGGAGUGAUCUUUGUAUUCUUGACAGAACAGUUACUCCUUAUGAUACAGUUUGAUAUGUAUUAUUUAGUGCCCAAACAUAAGCAAAAGCCAUCUACACCAUUCCUUACCAUUCCUGUCUCUCUUCUCAGAAAACAAAAACUCAGAGCAAACCUGACUGCUCACAGCUGUAAAGUCUACAAGAUCUUCCUUGCAAAGAAAUAACCAACCAACAUAAUAUUGAACCUCUAUAAAAAUUUGAAGUCAAAAUUUGCCAGUUUUUUUCUUGACAUCAAGUGAUGCUUUCAAAUCCCAAAUUGUUUUUCCUUUGUUUUCUAAAAGAAGGCAGCCUGCAAGGAGUGGCUAAGGAGGUAUUACUGUAAGACUCUUAGUCAUAAAAGCAGGAAAGUGGGGUCUUUAUUUGCUGCAGAGGCACAGGAAAUGUGAUUGUGGAAUGUCUCAUAAAAGUAUCUGCUUGAACCCAUAUUGACUUCAUCCAGUAUUUCUGAAGCAGGUGAUAAUGCCCUUCACCCCUGUAAUGGUGACAUUUGUUCAAAUCAUUACAUGGGGGUGAUGUGUAUUAUUUGAGUACUUGGGCCAGGUUCUGUCUGUCAGAAGCUGCAGCUUCAGUGAAGUCCCAGACCUCCACCCGGUUCUGUGGUGGUACUCCACAUUAACACAAGUGAAACUGAAGAACUUUUGUCUUCAGUCAGUUGUGUCAUGGCCUAUCUCGUGUGACUUAAGCUCACAGAAGGCUCUUUUGAGAAACAUCUGCUCCAUAUUCUUCAUAGAAGUUUGUAAAUACAGAUUUUUCACAGCACUGACUCUGUUACUGAAUUUCCUAAUGCAUCUUUUUGUUGUCUUGUUAUUUGUACUGUAUUUCUCUGUAGAUUUAAGUGUGUGGAUUAAAGUAUUUAAGCUCAGUUUUUCCUUUUCCUAGCUAUGCAUAAAAGCAACUGUGAGUUUUCAAUUCUGUAACAAUCUAGUCAUGAUGACAAUAACUGCCUGAUAAGUUUGUUCAUUUUGAGAACAGAGUUGUAUGUUGUUGAACACUGCAGUCAUGCUUCUGCCUGAGGUCCCUGCUGCAAAUUCCAAGUGUUUCAAGCGUCAGAUACAUGGAAAAAUUUCUAGACAACAUGGUAAUGUCAUUCAGAGCUAAAA